CUGUUACGUGACUUGACGCUUUUUGUGGCAGCAGGCUGUGCAGGUCUGUUGCCCAGUGAUGUUUCGGACAGGAGGCGUACUUGUUAAGCUAGUAUUUAUAUUUCAACCGUCAUCCAAGAGGCAAAUGGGGUGUUAAAUAAACAAAAGAGCGAAGAAGCGUUAAUAACACAUUGUCCACACAGCCAUUGUCGCUGUUCUCAGGUGUAUCAGGCGUUGUUUUGAAGGCCUGUUGCUGGCUACGGGGAAUCCUCGGGCUCGCCCCGGUAGAUGUCGCCUGGCCAAGAGGGCGCAGAAGACUGCGACCGGAGCUCCGUGGACGGGCUGGUUCCACCAGGUCACUCCAAGAGAAAUGAUGCUUGGGACGGUGUCUGGAUCUUCAAGUCUCACUUGUCCCACCUGCCAUUAACCUCAUCCCAACACCACUCGAUCAUCUCUGGAGGGAUCUUCCUCAAAACAUGAAUCGUUACCUGCCUGUGGCGAGACAACACUUCCUGGCCACACUAGCCAGCACUAGUGUGGUUGUGAAGGCCAUAAGUGCCCUGGUGGUUCUUCUCUACCUGCUCUCCUGGGCUGUGAACACAUCGUAUUCACUGGGGGUCACUCCGGGUUAUCUAUUUCCUCCUAACUUCUGGGUGUGGACACUGGUCACCCAUGGGAUCGUGGAGCAGCAUUUUUGGGGUGUGGCGGCCAGUGUAGGGACGGUUAUGGCCUGUGGGCGCCUGCUGGAGCCUUUGUGGGGUGCCCUGGAACUGCUGAUCUUUUUUGCCGUGGUAAAUGUAUCUGCAGGCCUUCUAGCGGGCCUCUCCUACCUCCUCACCUACGUGGCCACAUUUGACCUAGACUUCUUGUUUGCUGUCCGCAUCCAUGGAGCUGCUGGCUUCCUGGGAGGCGUCCUAGUGGCGCUGAAGCAGACUAUGGGCGAUACAACUGUUCUCAGAGUUCCACAGGUAAGAUUCAAAGCCGCACCAGCGUUGGUCCUCCUCCUCCUGACUUUAUUGCGCCUCUCGGGUUUGCUGGAGAACUCGGCCCCCCUGGCCGCGUACAGCUACGGAGCCCUCUCCGGCUGGGUCUACCUGCGCUUCUACCAGAGGCACAGCCGGGGUCGUGGGGACAUGUCGGACCACUUCGCUUUCGCAAGCUUCUUCCCCGAGGCGCUGCAGCCGGCGGUGGGUCUGCUGGCGGGGAUAGUGCAUGCCGCCCUGGUCAAGGUGAAGGUGUGUAGGAAGAUGGUGAAGAGGUACGAUGUGGGGGCACCAUCAUCUAUCACUAUCAGCCUACCAGGGACAGACCCUCAGGAUGCAGAGAGGAGGAGGCAAUUGGCCCUUAAGGCUCUGAACGAACGUCUAAAGCGUGUGGAGGACCAGUCCACCUGGCCCAGCAUGGACGAUGAAGACGACGACGAGGACGACGAGGUCAGAACGGACAGGCAGCCACUCCUCCCGCGUGACCCUCCCUCUUCUUCAUCCAGAUCGGGGGGACAUGUCGGCAUGUCCCUCUCCUCCACCACGUUGUCCUCCAUGUCGCAGAGCACUGGAGCACAGUCCAACCCGGAGUCGAGCAUCAUCAGCUUUGAGGACGCACCGUCUACGUCAUAACUUACAGUUCUAUUGCACAUGAUGGCGCUGAUUUAAAGCAUCCUGACUGGGAUCUAUUCAGUGACAUGUUAGACCUUUGUGUCAUUGUAAAACCAACACACAGGUUGAACGUUCAGAGUUCACCUUCACAUGUGUUGGAUGUCAACCAGUGUUGUCAGAUAGGCCACCUUGACACAAGUCCUUCCUCCUUGCAAGCAAAGCAGACGUUGUAUCUUCCUGGUUUGAUUCCAAGUGGCAGGAGGUGCGUGCAUGGCACCACGCAUCUGUUUCGCGUACUUUUAAAAAAUACUCAGCAAAAUGGAUGCACACUCAAGAGAAAGCUUGUCCGUGCCAGAGACUCCCUCCCAAAAAGACAUAUAUUGAGCUUUGACUUGGAGGUUUUUGGUGAUUUGGCAACACAGUAAAGAGUGCAGGAAGUAAAGGAAAAAGCGACACUCUUACUGUUUGAGUGAUGACUAACAAAAAAAAAGUGCCAGCUGAGAAUAUUUUGGACCAGUGGUCCCAAACUUUUUACAGUCACGGACCCCUUUAGACAUUUGACCAGAAGCCAUGUCCCCUCUACUCCUGCAAACAUAAACCUUUUUAUGUUAAUUUCCUUGAAAUACUGAAUUUAAUUAAUUGGUUAAUUCACUUUAUAGUAACUGUUUCCAAAAUGUGUAUUUUGCAAACUUGCUUCUUCAUAGCGGACACAGAGCAAUGAACAACAUCACGCUCUGUCUCCUUGGACCGCGAGGCAUUCAGGUGCACUCCUAAUUAUUUUUCAUUUUUAUUCAUUUACCUCCUUCGAAAGUUUAGUGUACCUCACUUUGGGAACCUAGGUUCUGAAGCGAGUCUCAGCUCUCUCAAGUUUGUUUACCCGCUCCUGGACAACAUUUUAGGUUGACUCCAUGUCCAAUCCUGGACUACGUUCCUGUGUGCUCACUGUCUAAGCUCUUUCAUGGUGCCAGAUUUAGAAAUAGCUGUUGAAAUAUUGCCGGCUUUCUGUCCAUUUACAGUAUGCUUUAUUUUGGCUCAAUACAAACAUGGAAAGUGAAAAGUAUGGUUGCAUUUAUAAAAAAAAAAAAGGUUUAGUGGAGUCUUUGAUAGAGAGCUACACUGAUCACUAGUCAGCCUUGUUUGCUUUAUUUGCACUUUAUUUUACAUAUUUGUAAAAUGAAAGUGUUGGACAGCCGGCCAAUUCAUGGUUCAAAUCUACACUGUUCCACUGAUGUGUGCUAAGGUUUUACCACAGACAGAAAGAUACAUGGGUUGUUUUCUAAUCUUAUUUUCUGAUUUUGAUUUUCUUUGUUUUGUUUGCUUAUGUGAUGUUGAAAACUGACAGGGAUCGGCAAGAAAAAAAUAACUAAAGCCACGUUGGUUUUGUACUGCCAUCAUGUGCAAAGAAAUUCACAUUGCACUCAAAACAGAGGAGCUUGAGACUAUAAAGUUUUUUUUUGGAGGGGGAGUCAUACUGACAUUUGAUCAUUGUUGGUUUUCAUAGUGAACAACUCCAGGCGAGGAAUUCUGGGGGAGAACAUUGGACCUUUCUUGUCAGAUAAAACAACAAGCCCCUCUUUGAAAAACAUUACAUAAACACCAAAAAAAAACCCAAACAAAAACUUUUGGACUGAUACGUAAGGUAGGAUAAAAGCCAUUGAAACUGUUUAAUCUAUAUUCUUUUUCAACCUCUUAAAUUGCCGUACCUUUUAUUUUGAAGAGAAUCACACUGGCCAUAUUUUAUGAAUGAACAGAUGCCCUUUUGUAUCUUCUAAUGUCAACCACCAAGAGCUAAGGAUCAUGUACUAAUGGGGAAGGUGUCUUAACAAACCCAACUGCUUUUAGCAACAAUUACAGUUCAAUAGUGCCAAGUUGCUUUGAAUAUUACUUGAUGUAAUUGUAAGAAAUCAAUGUAGUCUCACUUCUCUGUGCUUUGCCUUCUGUUUGGGAUUUCAGUAGAAAAAGAAAGCAGUGUAAACACAUACCAUUUAAUGAAAAAUACUGUAUGAAGAGAAAGUUGCUGUUAAAGAGAGAUAACGUUCCCAAAGUAAGGCUUUCAUUGUGAUAACGCAAUACAAAGCUUAUGACACUUAAUUUUACUUAAUUUGCAUUUUUUGUAAAGGCGUUGAAUGUCUUUGACUCCAAAUUACAUUUUUUUUCAAACAAAAAAAUAUACCACCACCCCCAUCGGUCGCCAUUUGUUACCAAAAGAACAGAUUGUAUAAAUUGUCUAUAUUUUUUACAUAUACAAAUUAAACCACAUACAAAUGGGUGAAAAAAAAAUUGGCGUUCAACCUGAAUAAGAUGGUCACUUGCCUUCCUGGUAUUCAUGUAUAUGUGCAUAGCAUGUGCACAUAUGCUAAAGAAGUCUCAAAGAAGCAACAGUGUUUGGUCAUGCUAUUGUCAUAGGCUAUACAUUCAGUGAUAGCCAACGCUAAUAGCUAAACUUUGUCAAAUCGCUAUCAUUACCUGACUGCAUAACUAGUGUGUUUGUGGUAUGUUGGGCUAUCUUGUGUACUCAAAACAGGAAGAGGGUGUCAUGUAAUGCUUCCAGUGUGUUCAAACACUAGAGUCUCCAGGGGUAGCUGUGUAAUCAAGGCAGACUGCACCUUUUUUAGGGGUUUUGUAUGUUGGUUCGUCAAAGCGCCAUGGCAGUAGUGUCAUAUUGUAGAGGGGCAACUUGUUUGCAACAAUAUUCUGUUUUUAAUGGCAGUUUUAGCUGUCAUUUCCCUACCUGCAUCUCACCUUACUGCAGUGCUUCUCAAAUAGUGGAACGCCUGGGGGCACGGGGUCGGGGAUGGGACAGGCUUUCAUUUCAAUGCAGACCUACCAACAUGUACAAAUUUAUAGUACUCAACAUGCAAUUUGACUCUUGAAUAUGCUCUCGAUUUUGUUGCUUUUUUUGGUUUCAGUUUCAAGUUCAGUCUGCACCAGGCAUAAGCGAACUAACUUAACAAAGAAAUAAAUAAUUAUUUUUUACCUGUGUGGGGGUCCCAUGAGGGCUUGGGACAGCCCUGGUCUGUACAGUACAGAUAACUGAAUAAAUAUCAAUUUCAAUAGUAUUUCAAAUCAGUGGGGUCCUUUGGCGGGGCAUGACAAAAUCAUUGAGAAGCACUGCCUUAAUGGCAGUUUAUCUCUGUAUGUUGCACACGUUGCAGUUUUAGUUUACAAUAUACUUAUGUACAUAAAAUAAAGGUGAUUGUAUGAGA